AUGAUAUUCUUUGCUGUACUCCUUACACAGAGUUUUGCAAUGGAAUUCACACCAUAUCAUAGUGCUGAACAGUAUAAAUGUGGAGCAUUCUUACAACGACGAAUAGACGACAAAACCUUAAGCUACUUCUAUUCAAGCAUUAAUAAUUUCGUAUCAUUGCUUUCGACAUGGUGGUCGUGGCAAAAAGGCUGGCUAAUCGCAGUGUGCAGCUUAAUUUCAAUUGGAAUUGUGUUCCCCAUUUUUUAUCUCUUCUACAGAUGCUGUGUUUGUUGUUGGUCGAGUCCAUCACGAAAGCAAAACACUGAUUCUCGCUACGAUGGGUGCAAACGAAACUGUCUUAACGUCAUCAUGGUAUUUGCUGCAGCAACACUUUUGAUCACGGGACAGUAUGCUGAAUACGGUAUGGAAGAAUUACCGAGUCGUCUUAAUUACUGUAUUGAUGAUUUGAAUCUGUACAAACGUGAGACGGAUUCGAGAAUACGAAAACUGUUGAUUGAUGACUACCAGAUGUUGAAUAGAACCUUGUUAAUUCGGUUGUCAGACGCUGGACAUGAAGUUAUUCAACGAGUUAAGAAACUCACUGGUGUCGAGUUUGGUCGCAUGCGGAACACAUUAAUCAAUGAGUUACAAUUGUGUCUGCACAACGAAAUCGAAUCUGUGAAAGCUGUUUGUCACAAAGCAGAGAAAUCUUUGGAAGCUAUGACUCCUCCACGAUUGAAAGUCGACCUGGUAAGUACUUUUCUCAUUACAAUUUUGAAAAGAAUUGCCGACGAUCUUUUCGUCACCGCGGAAACGAUUUCGACCCAAAUUCGCCAGGUAUGGAACAAUCAAUUUCGACGUGCUUUACGAUUUAGUUGCUCAUUAGUCACAUCAAUAUUUAUGUUAAUUGCCUUCUGUUUUCUUUUUGGACUAUUCUAUGGAGUUUGUGGGCGACGUCCGACAUUUUACAAUGAUGACUGUUGUGUACGAUCGACUGGAGGACGAUUUUAUUCAUGGUUGCUGUCCUUUAUUUCCUUUUUUCUUUAUAUCCAUCUUUAUUCCGUUACUCGGAAUUUGGUUGGCUAUGGCCACGUUCACUGCACUAUCCAUCCUUACAGCUUGUCUCUUAUUUACUGUUGGAAAUGUGACCUUUCUGUUGUGGAUCUGAUACGGGGUUGCCAACGAAAUGAAACUUUGUACGAAGUCUUCGAACUCGACAAGAAGUUCCAAUUGAAAAGGCUUAAGUCGUUUGAAAGUGAAGCGUACAUGAAACUUGAGCGAUUCUUGAACGUCACGUUCACUGAUCUGCCGGCAGUAGAACCAUUCAAUUUCAUUAUCUCCGAGGAGCAUUUCGAACUUCUCCAGCAACUCUCCUCUGUGAAUGUAUCGGAAAUUGAUCAUAUUGCUCUCUCUAAGAUAAACUCGACAAUUUCCAACAUGGACAUCGAAGCGAAGGCAAAAGUAUUCGAAAGCAAACUUGAUGCAGCCUCUGGUCGACCUAAGGCCGUUUCAUCCAUGCUAGAGCAAGUCGACGAAAUCGGGACCCGCAGAGCUCGUCCUCUCCGUCUUAAACUUAACGCCCUGUUCACUAACCUGACUAAGCUUAAUAAAAGACUUGAGAAGAUGCAAGUUCCAAUUAGCUCAUUAAUAGCCAAACUCCAACAUUCCCAGGCGUUGUUGUCGGAAAAUUUGCAGGAAAAUGUGGAGAAAGCCGCCCGUGAACAGCUUGUUGGGAUAUUUGACAAUAUUGAUCAGUAUAUCGAUCAUGUUAGAUUUGAGAUGCAACAUGACGUUUCAUCGUGCGCUCCUAUUGCAGCGAUUGUUUCGUCGUCAGCAUCAGCGGUGUGUGAUCAUACCAUAGAUACACUGGUCAGUUCAUAUCUUGCGAUAGUUUACUUUUUAAAGUCCAAGAUGGGUUUUCAGGUGAAUUAUGAGAAAACAGAAUAUUCGUAA